AUGGCAUCUACUUCUAGGCAUGCUUUUGAAGAAGUUGUACCAUCUGCAUCUAUUUCUGGUAGAUCCACAAUGCCUGUGAAAAAGCUGCCCUAUGAUGUCUUUAUUAAUCAUCGUGGCCCUGAUGUUAAACACACUCUCGCAGCCACUCUAUAUAACACACUCACUGGCAUGGGGUUGAGGAUUUUUCUUGAUUCUGAAGAGCUUGAAUUGGGGGAUUUCUUGCCCACAGAAAUACAAGAAGCUAUGCAUGGUGCUCCGUUCCAUAUAGCUAUAUUUUCUGAGAACUAUGCACAAUCUCCAUGGUGUUUAGCGGAGCUUUCUUUUAUGCUCAAAACGGGUGCCCAAAUUGUUCCUAUUUUCUACCAUGUUCAGCCUGAGGAUGUCCGAUAUGCAAAAGGAGUCUAUGCUGAUGCAUUUGACCGACACAAAAAGAAAGGUAGAUACAGUUCAGAUAAGCUUCAGGAGUGGAAGAAUACCCUAAACACUGUUUCCUUCAAUGUUGGCCACAUCGUUAAUAACAAAGGUGAUGAGGGGAGGAUGCUCAAGGAUAUUGGUAGUUGUGUUUUGAAAGUAAUUAAAAAUGUUCCUUUCGUUGUUGCCAAACAUCCAGUUGGUCUAGAUGAAAUUAUCUUAGACUUUGAGAAGACAAUACCUCAAUUUGUAGAAGGCCAUUCUACCGUGCAAACUGUUGGAAUCUGGGGGAUGGGUGGUUCUGGCAAAACCACUCUUGCUAAACAGUUAUAUAACAGUAAAUACAGAAAUAUGGAAAGGUCAAGUUUUGUAUUAGACAUAAGAGAUGCUGCUUCUAAAAAAGUAUUGCAUACAAAACAAAAAAAACUUAUAGAGGACAUUGGUCUCCCUGAUGUAUCAGUUGAUGAUUUAGAAACAGGGAAGGGGAUUCUUGCAAACCGUUUAAGAUCUAUUCGAGCGCUCAUUGUUCUUGAUGAUGUGGAUGCUGUAGAUCAGUUGGAUGCACUAGUGCCUGAGAAGGAUAGCCUUGGACGGGGUAGCUUGAUUGUUGUCACUACACGAGAACGUGAAGUCCUUCUAGGUUGGGGCAUCUCAUUCUCAUUCAUUUAUAAAAUGAAAGCACUAUAUUCACCUCAUGCCAAACAGCUCUUUUGUUGGCAUGCAUUCUUGCAGCCUUCUCCAAUCUUUGAAUUUGAGGAUUUGGUUGAAAAUUUCCUAAAUGUUUGUAAGGGAUUACCAUUGUCUCUAAAGGUUUUUGGAGCACAAUUAUAUGGUAUCUCUGAUAAAGAUUACUGGGAAUCCCAAUUGCAUAAAAUUUCUAGAGUACUAGAUAAAAAUAUUAAGGAGAAGCUUAAAGUAAGUUAUGAUGUUCUAGAUGAGGAAGAGAAGCAAAUAUUUUUAGACUGUGCUUGUUCCUUCAUUGGAGAGGAGAAAACUUCAGCCAUUGCAGCUUGGGACAAGUUAGGGUUGAGUGGUCUGCACAGUUGGCAAAGGCUUCUAAAUAAAUGUCUAGUUGAACUUGAUGAUCAGAACUGUAUAAGAAUGCACGAUCACUUAAGAGAUUUGGGAAGAGAAAUUGCUAAUCAAAAGUGCUCUCCCCAACAUAUUGUUAAUGUUGACAAUGAAGCACAGGGAAUUGCUAUUCAAGGAAUAAUGGACACAACAGCUGGAUCCACAAGCGAAGUUGAUUUUCCUCAAUGUUCACAAGACGGAGUGCUUAUAGUUAACACAAGCAAAGGAGAUUGUGGCCUCACAGCCAAUUUGCUUGGAUUUAAAAAUUUUCAGGUCACUGGAAGUGAUUAUAAUCAAGCAAUUCGCUGGGUUGACCAUGGGCACAAAAAUCUUUACUCAUUAGGUUCACUAAAAAAUUUGAGGGUUCUAGAACUCAAUGAAAAAGAGGGUCAGGAAAAACACUUAGAACAAUUAUGGGAGACUGACAGCGAUGCUCCCGUUCAUCUAAGACAGCUAGUUAUUAGUGGAUGCUCAAAAUUCCAAGGAUUUCCAAAGUCAAUAGGAUGUCUCAUAAAUUUGAAAAAAAUAGUCAUGCAGAGGUCUGGGGAAAGCAUGAAGAGCCUACCGGAAAGCUUUUGCCUUCUCCAAUCACUUGAGCACCUGGAGUUACUAGGGUGUUAUAAGCUCUCGUCACUACCGAACAAUUUUGGCGAUUUGAGAAACCUGAGGCAUCUACUCUUUGAUUCUUGCUCUAAUUUGAUGGUGUUGCCAAACUCUUUCAAGAAGCUAACACUCCUCCAACAUCUCUACGUCUCUUUUUGUUCUAAACUCACCAUAGACCCAGAACUUCUUGAAAACAUGACAAAUAUUGAGGCUUUGAGACUUGCACACUGCAAUUUGAAGGAAUUUCCUCGUCACAUCACAAAAAUGGCCUCAUUGAGAUACCUAAACCUAGAUUUUACCUUCAUAAGGGAGAUACCAAUGAGCAUCAGUCAACUGAGGAAGUUGCAAAUAUUUUCUUUUGGGAGUGAGUCGUUGACAAGCGUGCCAACAAGUCUUGUAGAUUUGUUAUCCUUGACUACUCUUUCAAUUAAUGGUUGUUCAAAUCUGGAAUCUUUACCGGAGUCUAUUGGGCGUCUAAAUCUCUUAAAAAGUCUGAAAAUUAAUUAUUCAGGACUGAAAUCCUUACCUAAAUCUCUUAGGCAACUAAGUAAUUUGCAAAGCCUUGAAAUAGAUAUGUGCCCAAUCAACAAUUUGGAUCUCAAUUCUUCACCGGGGGAGUUGGAUCUCAAUUCUUCACCGGGAGAGUUGGGUCUCAAUUCCGAAACCCCGGUUUAUUUGUGCAACCUGAAGGAAAUAACCCUAGUUGAAACUGAAGCGUCCAAAAUUUCCAUUUCUAAAGAUUGUUGUCCGACCCUUGAGACUCUCAUACUUGUAGAUAAUGACCAUCUAACUGAGAUAGAUGCCCUCCCGAAUACAAUCAACAAGUUGCAUUUGGCCAGGUCUAAAAUGUUGCGGAACAUUAGCGUCAUUGCCGGUGUGGUAAACAUUGAAGAUCUGUGUAUAUCUGGUUGCCCCGAGUUAGAUGCGCUUCCUGAUUUUGCACAAUUACCUUCUCUCCCGUGUUUUGAACUCAAGGGUUACACUAGAGUUAAGAAAAUACAAGGUUUGGAACAGUGCACAGCAUUGAGGAAGCUGAGAGUAGAUACGAGAUGGGAGGAGGCGGGCAUACAAACUUUGGAGAAAAUGGAAAGAUUGAGGUCACUGCAUCUCAUGGCAAUCAGCAGAUCAGCUAUCGAAGGUUGCAUCGAAAGCAUCCAGAAAUGGCCAGAAGAAAUGAUAAUCUGCACACGUGCAGUCCCAGAGAGUGGAUCGCGUAUAGACUCCAUCGCCUUUCCCAAUCUUUCUGUCGUUGACUUUUUCUCGAACAAGAGAAUUGAGUCGGAACCAUCCCUAGAAUGGUCUUCCUCCUCUGAUCCCCACUGCAUCUUGCUAUGCUUUGUUCUAGAUUGUAAUUCUCCGAUUAAAUCUUUAUACAUGAGUGGUGAUGAUGAAGAAAUACAUGACAUGGAGCUGGACAAGGGUAAAUGGGUAUUGCUUUGUGUCUUCACACAAAGUUCCAAUUGGCACACAGCAAAUAAGUUCGUAAUCAAAGAUUACAGCUCUGACUCCGACAGAGAAGGCGAAGUGGAAAGGGGAAUGCUUGUGGUGGUCGAACAGGAAAAAGUCGGAGAGGCUUUCCACGGCUUAUGGAAACUUCUCUCAGAUUAA